AUGCCGGGGAGCGUCGGCGGCGGGCGAGGCGAGCGCAGACCCCCCGUAGUUUCAAUUUGGCGCGCCGGCCUGCGUGUGGUCCGCAUUACCCAUUCUCCACGGGCGUCGGCCGCCCCCGGCUCCGCCGCCGCCGCCGCCUCCGGCGCGCAGCACGGUGGCUCGGGCCCCACGGAGGCCGCUGACAGCCGUCAGCCCGCGCCCGACACACCCAAUUUAUGUAAUCAAUUAGUAUGUAGCACUCUUGUGGUUGGCUUCCCAUUAACUGGCAACCUGGUAGCUGGCAUCCCAGUAACUGAAACCCCAGUAGUUGGCAUCCCAGUAGCUCUCACCCCAGUAUCUAGCUCCUUGUCAACUGGCACACUGGCAGCUGGCACAUUGGUAGCUGGGAACCUGAUAGCUAGCACCACAUACUGGUAUCUUGAUAUCUGGCAGGCCUGGUUUACCACCCUGAUAAAUGGCACCCCAGUAGCUGGCACCUUGAUAGCUGGUACUACAGUAGCUCACACUAUGACAUUUGUCAUCCUGGCAGCUGGCACCCCAGUAGUUGGCACAACAUUAGCUGCUGGCAUCUUGGUAGCUACCAGUCUGGUAACUCUAGCUCCUCUAGCUGAUACUGGGGUAACUUGCACUGUGUUAGCUGGGUCCUCAGUGGGCGGCACCAUUUUAGCUUAUACCCUAGUAUCUGGCAUCCUGGUAUCUGGCACCACACUUGCUGAAACUUUGGUAGUUGACAUCCCAGCAGCUGGCACCAUAGCAGCUUUCACCACAAGAAAUGCCGCCAUGAUAGUAGCUCGCACCAUGGUAGCUGUCACCUUUGUAGUUGGCACACUGGUAGCUGGCACACAAGUAGUUGGCACCCAAGUUGUUGUCACCUUGGUAGCUGACACCAAAGCCGCUGGUACCCUUGUAUGGCACCCCAGUAUCUGUCACACAUUAGCUAGCACCCCAGUAGCUAUCAGACCAGUUGCUGUUACCCUGAUAGCUGCCACCCCAAUAGCUGGCGCCCUGUUAAAUGGCAUCCUGGUAGCUAGCUCCCUAGCAGCUGGCACCCAGGUUUCUAGCACCCUGCUUGAUGACAUGGUAAAUGGCAUCCCAGUAGCUGACACUCUGGUAAUUAGCGUCUCAGUAGCUGUUGCCCUAGUAACUGGCACCCUGGUGGCUGGCAUCCUGGUAGUUGACACCCUGGUAACUGGCACGCUGGUAGCUUGCAUCAUCCCCCCUUUACAUACAUGGUGGCCGGUAGUGGUGUUAAAGUUCAGUAAGAUCCAAUAG